CCGCUAAGUUAGCAGUAAAUUGUUACCUAAUCGUUAAAUAAAAGUUAAUAAAAACUUGAUAUAAACUGUGCGGGGUACGACUUAUUUAAAUUCAUCAUGGCAAAAUGCAUAGCAACAAUUAAAGCAAUACUCACGCGACUAGUGUUUGCGGCUCAUGGUUUUCUUGCUAUUUGGCAAGUGACCAUUUUUAAAAGCAAUACGUUUUACUGGUAUCUCAGUUCGCCUAUAUUAUUGCUAUUCUUUGAGGGAGUUUUUACGCUGACCAUUAAAGAAAGUCAGGAAUGGAAAUGGUUUUGUCCAUCGGUGUUUCUGUACCUGGUGAGCAUCGUCCCUGCAAUUUGGCUCCUCGAACUUGAUAAAGUCGACCGACGACUUCGCAUUAGAGAAGAAGCGUUCAACCUGACCGCCACUGCUAAUAAUUUUAAAGAGAUUAACAAUCUAAUCGGGGUUGAAAUUAAAUUACCCGAAAUUUCCCUGAGCACCGAAACGUGGAUAACACUCAUCGAGCAAUUUCUGAUGCUUAUUCUCAUCAUCGGAAGAUGGAUGCUGCCAAAGGGUGAUUUAACGCGCGAUCAACUCAGCCAACUUUUGCUGGUGUACAUCGGGACAGCCGCUGAUAUAAUUGAAUUUUUCGAUUCUUUCAAAGACGAUAAGAUUGCUUCCGAACCAAUAUUGGUAUUGUUGACCCUAGCAAUAUGGUCGUGGAGUUUGAUGCAGUUUACAGUGGUCCUCACAGCUACCAAAGCAAGAAAAUCACGACUUAGCACAACAAAAACUGCUACGAAAAGUACUGCAAGUUGCUGCUGCAGCAUUGAUGUAUGGGGUAUUGCCCUAAACAUCGCCCUUCAAGACGCGCCAUUUCUAGUCUUUCGACUAUUAAUUAUCACCCACUUCAACAUCAUAUCCUAUAUGAACGUAUUUUUCACGUGCAAGAACACCCUGGUGAUUCUCCUUCAACUUUAUCGCCUCUACGUUGUUCAUUCAGAAAAUAACAAACCUAAGAAGAAGUCCACAACAGACUUUGAACUCACUGAUAUUUCUAUCAUUUCCAAAAUGGAUAUGUACGACACAAGUAAACAAAAAAGGAGACUCAAACAUAAACAAAACAAACAACCGAAGAAUAAAUCAAAAUCAAAAUCGCACCGAACCCACAAACCUUGCACUCCAGUGCAGAGUCAAUGCGAAACCGAUGAAGUUUCCAACGACUCCGAAGAUGAACGUAUAAAGAAGAAAAUGAAACAUCAUGCCAAGAAGGAUACUGGCUAUUCCACAGCCAGUUCACAUGCGAGUACGCGUAGAGCCCAUCAAAAAGAGAAACACGCAAGUCGAAAUAAAUCAAAACAAAGGACACUUAAAAGAUCAGAUAGUGUUGCAUCACAAUCAGAAAGUGAAAACAACUCAUCAACCGAACCAGAAGCUCCACGUGAUAAUCAAAAGACAAGAAAGAAGAAAAUUACCAAAGUAAUCACCACGAGCAGUGCAAGCACAAGAAGUGGUGACUCUGAUUGACGCCAUCAGCUCGCCAUCAUGGCCAUCUUCUGUCUCUAUAUAUUUAUCUUCAUCUGCGCCCUCUUCUUCAUAUGGUGCGGUAUCAAUACUGAAGGAUUAGUGAUUGCGCGGCUCUAUAAAAAGAAACACUUAGAAAACACUUCCCAUUAUCUGCACUAGAACAGAACUAUUAAGUUUAUUUCGUUUCGAGCACAUUCUUCAAGAAAUCAGAGAUGUUUUCCUGUGAAGAAAGAUCGUCGAGAUACUUAACCAGUGAUGAUUCAGAUACAUCAUUAGCAAUGCAAUACAUAACACAGGCAUCUUUCAAAAUGCCCACUGCUUUAACCACGUUGUCUUGCUUGUCGGCAUUUGUCCAAGCAUUGCAUUCUUUAACAUUGUUGACGUACAUCAGCACAUAGUGUAGAUUGUGAUGUGCACACGUAGCAAAAUCUUCAUUACCUCCUUCAUCGUGCGGUUUCUUACGACGUCGGCGUUUUAACAUUGAUAACCCAGGGAGUUUUUCCAGGCGUUUGGUUACAGGAUUAAAGUGGGGCUUUUCGUGCAUUCCGUCGACGGGCCACUGCUUCAGCGAGGAUUUCGUCUUUCUAGUCUAAAAUAUAUUUAUUAGUAUCUUAGAAUAUAAUUAAAAAAGAAAUUAAAACUAUAGCAGAA